UCACCAAGUCUUCUAGUAUUACCAAUCUAUCCUAAGUCUUCGACUACUAGGUUGCACCCUAACAUAAACUAAUCGUUAACUCGUGUAAUGCACGGAAUAGUUAAAUAAAAAUUAAAUGUACUUAUUUUGCUUAAAGGUUUAUGACUUAACUUUAAAAAAUAUAUAACUUGAAAAUAAAUGAAAAUAAGUAAUUUUUUUUCAAUAUAAUAGUUUAGAAAAAUUCUUUUUCUUUUGUAUCAUUGGUUCCACAUAACACAUUUCGGUGUAGGUUAUUUUAUGAUGAUGACUUCACAUAAUGCUCAACUGCAAUUAAAUCUACUAUUUAUCACUAAUCUAAUCUAUAUUAUCUUGAUAGUAGAUAUACAAUUUGCAUUCUCAUAUCCUUAGAUCUUUCUAUGGUUUUAUAUUAUUAUCUAUAUAUAAUAUAAAAUCAAAAUUUUUGACUUUUUGAGAGACUCAGGUUAGAAUUAGGAGUAAAAAAAUAAUUAUAAUUUUUUUUAAUUAGACCUCAAGUUAUAAUUUUUUAUAAAAUUUUUAAAAGGACUCACUUUAGGUUUCAAAAAGAAAAAAGAAAAGACUCACAUAAAAAACAAAAAAAAAACAAAAAAAAACUUUAGGAUUAAGGAAAAAAGAGAGACUCCUAUUAGGUUUCAAAAAAGAAAAAGAAAGAAGGACUUACAUUUAAAAAAAAAAAAUUAGGAUUAAGGAAGAGAGAGAGAGAGAGACUCGUGUUAGGUCUCUCUCACUAUUUAGUUUAAAAAAUUAUAAUUUUUUUAUAAAUUAAAAUGAUGAUGUGGAAAAUUGUGAAAGUUUCAGAGGAUUCGAUUAUAUAUAUAUAUAUAUAUAUAUAAGAUUCUUCGAUUAUGCGCUACCAUUUAUAUAGUAGUACUUGUUACUAUAGAUAAGAUUCUCCUAGUAUUACCUACUGUGGGGGGGUAUAAAACCGGGAAACCCAUGUUAAUGUCUGUGCUGGGCCCAAGGCCCGAUCCAAGGAAGGCCCACCCCUUGGCCAUGGGAAGGAUCCUCCUCGGCCAUAAAUGUAGCCGAGGGCAAAGGGAGCAACUCGGUCCUGGUAAUGACAUUCCGGGUCAUUUCGCCGAGGAAAAGUACUAAAACGACAAAGAACAAGGGAAAGACUGCUCUUACUGCAAUUAAGUACUCUACACCUGACAGAGCCAUACUUUUCAGUUUUUACAACCACCCCCAACCACUUUGGGUAUGGGUUGAUGGGACAAGUACCAGCCCUAUAAAGCUGAACCUACACGUGGACGUUGGAGGGAUGGAAAAAGCUAGUAUAAAAGGAGGAAGAAGCAGUCCAGAAAGGGGACGGAGACCAGAUCCAAGAACCAGAGCCACCUAGGUCGUGCCGAGGAGAAAGUCUUCUUGGAUAAGCUCUGUUCACCUUUGUGCAAUCAUAAGGAACACCAUGACUAACGAUUGUCCGUUCACCAAGGCCUAACCUUUUAACCCACUCUUUACAAAUUCAUUGUAUUGGGCCCGUUGGUCCAAGAUCCCACCCACCGUGUGGUAUUGGGCUGAAAAACGAGAUCCUACACCCACAUAUCCUAAGUCUCCAACUACUAGGCUGCAUCCUAAUGAUAGUUACUAUAGAUAAGAUUCUCUGAUUAUGCGCUACCAUUAUAUUAGUACUUGUUACUAUAAUUACCAAGUAUUGUUAAUACCUACUCCCCAUCUAUAUGAUAGGAUUGGUUUUCCUCCAAUGUUUUUGUGAAUUGGUUGUAUCUGGAAACGACAUGUGUCUUAAAAUAACCACAUUUUAGCUUGGUAUGCCAUUUGGUGUUUUUGGACAGAAGCCUCUCCCAUGCUUAAAUGAUAUGGUAGGGGCUUUGAUGUGUUUGGUUAGCGAGAAUGAUUUUCAUAAAUUGAUAGCAAGAACUUAUCAAUUUUAUAAUGAAUUUUUAAUAAUAAAAAAAUAGUGGUAUUAAUAUUAUAGUGCCCGUAUGCCACCAAGCAAAAUCACUAAUAAGACUUUUAGUUUAUUAAAACAUAAGAAUUCCUACAACAUUUUGGAUCGGAUUGAACUUGGUAUGUCUCACAAAAAAGCGAACCAAAAAAAGAAUAAAGAAGGUUGGCAGCCAAAGCUGCUUUCAUAGGAUUAUCAAUUACUAUGUGAAAUCUAGGAAUUAGUCUUUUUUUUUUCUUGCUCUGAAGAAUAGGUCAAUUAAAUCAUCCACUUUUACAGGGACAUAUGAGAAAAGAGAGAUCAUACAACUAUUUUCAUUGACAUCCUAGAGUUCCCACAAGUCGCGUCAUUGAAAAAUUCUACCAAGCUCUGUUGAUUGACCAUUAAGAUUUUUGUUCCAACAGGAGAAUUCGUUUCUCCUAUUUUUUUUUUUCAUUCAACAAAAUUGUUGAGUGAGACAUUCUCUCUAUUUUUUUUUUUUGGGUGAAAUGGAUGAGUUUUUUGGUGGGAUGGAUGGUAGGUUUAGAGUCUCUUUAACAGAAUCGACAAUGAUGUGCAUUGUGCACCAAGCAAUGGAUAAAGCACAUGAGAAAGUAAAAUCCAAAGAAGGUGUUGUGGAGCGCUUGAAUGAGAUAUCAAAAUUCUACGAGUUGGCGGUAAUGCAGUUAGAAGGAUGUCUGAAGUUUGUGCAAGAUGAGACAGACAACUGCGUACUUGACAGCGAUCAGGAGGAGGUGCUCGCGGACUUAACAAAAAUUAGAGACCGCCUUCAAGGCCGUCUUAAGGAGUCGGAGCUAGCUAUUUCAGAAAAGGACAGAGAGUUAACAGAGAGAAUGGAAAAUGAAUUGAAGCUUAAUCAAGCAUUGGAACUAAAAGAAAGAGAAUUGGUUUCGUUGCGGGCUAAACUUGAGCUUGAAAGAACAAAGAGUGAAGGGAUUGAGGAGUUUGUUCUUGGGGAUGAAGAUAGAGAUGGUGAAUUUUGUGAACUGAAGCAUUCAGUGGAUCAACAGGUACGGAAUAUCAAACAAAAACUUGGGCCUGAUUACAAAUUAAUAGGUGAAGAAAGAAAUAGAGGUAUUGACAACAAAAAGAUUGAACAAAUGGGCUUAGACAUAGAUAUGUUGAAGGAAACUUUAGACCUUGCUUUUGCAAAGAUGCAAAGUGCUAUUUUUUUGUCACGGAUGGGGCCAAUAGAGCAGCAAUGGAGGUGGUCUAUAGAGAAAGAUACAAUUUAUGUGUUGAUUAAAGGGUUAAUGAGGAAUUUCCAAGAGAGUUUUGAAGCAAAAGUGAAGAAGCAAGUUCUUAUUGGCUUGAAUGAGCAUUGGUCUGAUUUGAUGAAUGAAGUUGCAAGCUUGCGUUGUGAACUAGAGCCACUUUGUAGUCAAAAUGACAUGCAGGGGAGUAGUGUUAAGGCACAUAAUGCUUCAGCCGCUCCAUCACUUGCAGGAGGCAAUAAAAUUUCUAAUGUAGAAGGAGAAAAGUCUUCACCUGAAAAUGAAUGCAAUAGAACACGAAAAUCCUCCUUGAAAGUUGAAGAGGCAGAUCAUAAGGAAAAGCUUACUGAGAAGGAACAAGAAGUGGAUGAAAGUCACCAUGUGGCUAAGAUGAUAAAAAAUCAUGAGUCUUUUAUUCAGAAAAAAAGUGAAGAGCUGAAUUGGCUUAAGCGAGAAAUUCUUCGAGAAAAAGAGUUUUCAUUCAGGAGAGAAAAGGACACUCAAAGCCUGAAAAGAAGAAUCCAAGAAGUUGUUGUGAGAUUGGACAAUUUAAUGGAUUGGAAUACUAAGCUGGGAAAAACUUUAGGCUACCAUGAAGCUGCACAUGGGGAUGAGAAUUUUCUUGAGAAGAGGGAAUUACAAUUUCGAGAGAACACUGAUAAUUUGGCAGAUGUCUGGGAGAAGAUUGAUAAAGUUACAGUUUCUUAUGUAUUACGGGAAGAGCAACGAAAUGAGAUAUGGAGGCUAAGACAAGACAAAGAAGAUGCAUAUUUGCAAACCAUGAUAAUGGAGGAGAUCCAUAUUACCCUUCUCAAAGGUUUGAUGAAAGAAGUUAACAUUGAAUCAUACUACUAUGAUUUAGAGAACUUGAUACGCGAGGACAUAUAUAAAGACGUGUUCAGGGAAAUGGUAAGGCAGUGGAAUGAGAACUUUGAAAGUGACAAAAUUGAUGCCCAGAUUAGAAAAGAGAUAUUUUUCAUCGUCUUUAGCGAGGCAUUGAAGAAUUAUGGCUCAAAUCGUGACUUUGCAUUAUUGGAGUUUCAAGAUAUCGGGGCUGUUAGUAAUUUGGUAGAAGACUCAACAUCUACUAACAAGUUAUUUAGUGUAGAGGGUGCUGUAGGGGAGGAUUUACAGGCAGCCUUGUUCGGGGAAAUUUUUAAAGAACAAAGCAAAUGCGCAGAAGGUUAUAUCACUGAAAGCUUGAAUAGAGAAGAGAUAUAUAGGGUAGUCUUUAGUGAAACCAUCAAAAGUAUUGUUAGCACUGCCAAUACCAGGGAGUUUUUCCUAAGUGCAGAAAGUCUUGUAAAGGAGGAUGUCUGUAUGCUUUUAUCUAGGGAGAUGGUGAAGGAAUUGAAGAUGGGCAUAGAUGCAUAUAAUAUGGAGAGUCUAAUAUGGGAAGACAUAUUUAAGUUUGUCACUGUAGAGGCAGUGAAAGAUGCCUUUGUCUUGCAUAGAGAAGAUGAGUCCCGAAUUCAAGACAAUCUCAAUGGAGACAUGCUCUCUCCUAAUGGGAUAUAUAAUGAUCUACAGGAUACUGGAGAGGGGAAUUUAAUGCAACAACUAGAUUCUCUAUCACAAUCUUUUCAGUUGGAGGAAAAUCUGAUGCUAAGUGCAAGUUCUGAAUUAAAGGAAUACACUACACAGCUUGACCUUUUGGGCUUGAAAAGUGAAGAGAUAGAUGGGCAUCAGAUAUUUGAAGGGUUUCCAAUUGAUGAGGAACACACUUUCAGUUCAGUAAGCGGUAAGCUAGAGAAGGCCUUGCAACAAUUGGUCUCGAGUAAGUCACUAUUAGGUGAAUUGGGAUCUUGUUUAGGUGUUGGCAUUGGUGAUUUAGAAGAGGGUCAUGAUCAGAUGACUCCUAGAGUUGGUGUUCAACAUGUUGGACAGCCCUCCUUUCACUCUUUAAAAGAUAAUGAAGAGGAGCAGUUAGAUACACCAGUUUCUAUCUUAUCACCUCUCCUGGGAUUUAUGCAAGCACUAGUGGAUUUUGAGCACAUGGUACACAAAAAUUUAAGGAUGAACAUUCUGAGGUUGGAAGAAGUGAAGUACAAUUUAGAUCCGCUUAUUGCGCUAGUGGCCUCUUUGAGAAAUAAGGAAUUGCUUUACCGGAAGGCCUUUUUUAGGAAAUGCCAGAAUCUGCAGAAGGCUGAAGUUGAGGUAGAUUUGCUAGGUGAUCAAGUGGAUGUCCUUCUAGGCCUACUUGAGAAGAUAUACACAACACUGCAGCACUAUUCACCAGCUUUGCAGCAGUACUUUGAGGUCUCUGACAUUUUGAAUUUGAUUAAGAAGGAACUAACUGGAAGAGCUGUUCAUAUAUCCAAUUAGACUGUGUAAACUGUGAUUCAUUUCUAUUCUUCUACUGCUUCUCUUCCCUGACUUCAACACUGUUUGAACGCUGCAUCGCCACCCUCUUUACAG